AUGACCAGUUUAUUUACUACCGUAUCUACGUUCUCCUCUCUUUCUUCGUUCACACCGAGCUCCACUACUGAGAGUUCAAGCAUCACACUGUCGUCCAGAACUGUUAGUUCAGGCACGUAUACUUCUGCCACAACCUUAUCUUCAACCAGUGCAAGUUCGACAGCCACUUCGAUUUCAACCACCAGGACAACCUCGAGCACAAGCUUCAUUUCUACAACGGAGAGUUUCAGCGCCACCAUCAGUUCCAGCACAAGCUUGACAUCGACCACUGGGACUUCCAGCGACAGUGCAUCUUCGUCCACAACCCGAACAUCUUUCACGACCCUUUCUUCAACCACGGAGAGCUCUAGCACGACCCUGUCUUCCUCUACUGGGAGUUCAAGUGCAACAUCGUCAUCACAAACCUUGAGUUCGUCCACGUCUAGUUCAAGCACGACAUUAACCUCGACCAGCGCAACUUCUACAUCGUCUUUAUCAUCUACCAGUGGAACGUCUUCAACCACAUUGAGUUUCACUUUUACUUUGACGUCGACCAGUAGUGUGUCUACUACCUCUUUGGGUUCGGGAACAAGCUUGACUUCAGUGACGAAGACUCUCACCACCACCAUCAGUUCCAGCACAAGCCUGUCGUCGACCACUGGGACUUCCAGCACGAGUGCAUCUUCGUCCACAACCCGAACAUCUCUGACGCAGACCUCGACCAUGACCCUGUCUUCUACCACGGAGAGCUCCACCACGACUCAAUCUACAACCACGGUGUCAACAGCUACUGCCAGCUCUACAUCGACUCUAUCUUCGGUUACCGGAACGUCUUUAACCACAUUGAGUUUAACUUUGACGUCGACCAGUAGUGUGUCUACUACUUCUUCGAGUUCGGGAACAAGCUUGACUUCAGUGACGGAGAGUUCCACCACCACCAUCAGUUCCAGCACAAGCCUGUCGUCGACCACUGGGACUUCCAGCACGAGUGCAUCUUCGUCCACAACUCGAACAUCUCUGACGCAGACCUCGACCACAAGCCUGUCUUCUACCACGGAGAGCUCCACCACGACUCAAUCUACAACCACGGUGUCAACAACGACUGUCAGCUCUACAUCGACUCUAUCUUCGGUUACCGGAACGUCUUCAAUCACCACAAGUUCUUCCUCAACCACCACUUUGACGUCUGCGACGGGGACUUCAACUACGACUUUUACCAAGACGUCGACUCUUUCCACAACCACGUUUACCACAACCUCGGUUACUUCGACCACGGACAGCUCAACCAGUCAGUCGUCCACCACGACGGCCACGAAAACAUCGACUCUUUCCACAACCACGUUUACCACAACCUCAGUUACUUCGACCACGGACAGCUCAACCAGUCAGUCGUCCACCACGACGGCCACAAAAACAUCGACGCUGUCCUCAACCACGGUCUCGUCGACCACGUCUGCGAGCUACACAGUCACGUCCACCACGACCGCGAGUAAAACAGAGACGUCCACCACGACUGCCACUGAGACGACGUCGAUGACGUCCAGCACCACAAUAUCGACCUCCGUGACGUCCACAACAACAAUCUCUACAACCGAGUCGUCAUCAUUAACCAGCUCCACCACGUUUCACUCAACGACCGCCUCCAGCCUAACGGCAUCAAGCAGGACAGAGACGGUAACCACUGGUACGGUAACCACUGGCACGAUCACCACCACAACAGCGACUCCUGAGCGUUUUUCUUUCGUCAAGGCUGAUGUCGCGAUGUCUUUCACAACCUCCCUAAACGAAACAUCGGUAGAAGUUGUUGUUCGUGCAGCGAUUGCAACCUUCUUGAACAUGUCGCAGUCGAAGGUCACGAUCAACUCCGUUGUCGUCAGAUAUACGUCAAAACGCGUGUCGUUCCAACGAAGAUUGGCCAGUCAAGUGUGGGACAUCGACUACACAAUUACAGUUGAGGGUACAUACACGGACGAGGCCGAAGAGGCAUUGUUGCGUCUGUAUGACAACACUUCGCAGUUCCAGGAGUUUGUCGAGAAUGAGCUCGAUGAGAUAGGGCUUCCUAGUGACAUCGUGGAGUGGGUGGAAUCGUCGGUGCCCGUGGUGGAACUUUGGAUGUACACUACAGCGACGUCCAGCACCACAAUAUCGACCUCCGUGACGUCCACAACAACAAUCUCUACAACCGAGUCGUCAUCAUUAACCAGCUCCACCACGUUUCACUCAACGACCGCCUCCAGCCUAACGGCAUCAAGCAGGACAGAGACGGUAACCACUGGUACGGUAACCACUGGCACGAUCACCACCACCACAGCGACUCCUGAGCGUUUUUCUUUUGUCAAGGCUGAUGUCGCGAUGUCUUUCACAACCUCCCUAAACGAAAUAUCGGUAGAAGGUGUUGUUCGUGCAGCGAUUGCAACCUUCUUGAACAUGUCGCAGUCGAAGGUCACGAUCAACUCCGUUGUCGUCAGAGAUACGUCAACACGCGUGUCGUUCAAACGAAGAUUGGCCAGUCAAGUGUGGGACAUCGACUACACAAUUACAGUUGAGGGUACAUACACGGACGAGGCCGAAGAGGCAUUGUUGCGUCUGUAUGACAACACUUCGCAGUUCCAGGAGUUUGUCGAGAAUGAGCUCGAUGAGAUAGGGCUUCCUAGUGACAUCGUGGAGUGGGUGGAAUCGUCGGUGCCCGUGGUGGAACUUUGGAUGUACACUACAGCGACGUCCAGCACCACAAUAUCGACCUCCGUGACGUCCACAACAACAAUCUCUACAACCGAGUCGUCAUCAUUAACCAGCUCCACCACGUUUCACUCAACGACCGCCUCAAGCCUAACGGCAUCAAGCAGGACAGAGACGGUAACCACUGAUACGGUAACCACUGGCACGAUCACCACCACCACAGCGACUCCUGAGCGUUUUUCUUUCGUCAAGGCUGAUGUCGCGAUGUCUUUCACAACCGCCCUAAACGAAACAUCGGUAGAAGUUGUUGUUCGUGCAGCGAUUGCAACCUUCUUGAACAUGUCGCAGUCGAAGGUCACGAUCAACUCCGUUGUCGUCAGAUAUACGUCAAAACGCGUGUCGUUCCAACGAAGAUUGGCCAGUCCAGUGUGGGACAUCGACUACACAAUUACAGUUGAGGGUACAUACACGGACGAGGCCGAAGAGGCAUUGUUGCGUUUGUAUGACAACACUUCGCAGUUCCAUGAGUUUGUCGAGAAUGAGCUCGAUGAGAUAGGGCUUCCUAGUGACAUCGUGGAGUGGGUGGAAUCGUCGGUGCCCGUGGUGGAACUUUGGAUGUACACUACAGCGACGUUGACUUCCACGUCGACGCUGACCUCCACGACGGUGACCUCCACGUCGGUGACCUCCACGUUAACGUCCACAACUUGCUGUGUAUGUGCUCUCCCUAUGUUCGCUGGUAUUCCUGUAGGGAUAAGUGGACCCGGCUUCACUUCAUCAUCGGGGUUGGAUACCAUAGUACGCAUCGAAUGCUCGGGCAUUAAAUAUGGAGACGUUUGCGAGCCAGUUUGUGGUGUGGGGCAUGUUGCGAAUGGGACAAUGGUCUGCAGCGACGAGACGGAGAUGUUCGAGGGACGUGCUGACUGCGUGCCUGACACCUGUGUUGGCAGUCCAGCAUUGCCGACCGGUUAUGAGACAGAGGAUGCAAAUUGCGUAAACAUGCUUUACCCCGAGACAUGCAGCAUAAUUUGUUCCGAAGGCUACGAGAACUUACUUGGGACCUCCAUGGAAGUUCAGUGUAUAGCCAACACGUCUUACCAUCUGUCAAAGGGUGACGGGUCUUGCACAGAAUCGCGUUGCUACGCAUUCGCGCCGCCUGGCAUGUUGAACGUGGCCGACAGCUCGUCUUGCAUUGGUACUGCGAGCCGUGAGUCGUGCUCGCCAGUUUGCGAUGACGGUCAUCAGCUGGUUGAGCCAAUCAAUUGCACCUUGGGCUCGUUUGAGAUGAUUCCGGUGGUCUGCGUCUCCGAUGCGGACGCGGAGGCGCUCGAACGUGUCGAGGUAUUGCUGGUGGAGAUUGCGUUCGUUGCCAGUCAGGCGAAUUCGGGCAUUACGGCGGAGUGGGCUGGCGGCGGGACCAGGGUUCCGAUGCAGAGCGCGCUCGGCGACGUUUUAGGCCUGUUCCCAGAGCAGGUUUAUUUGCUGGAGAUGAAGGACCUGAACUCAGACUCAGCGUCUGGCAUUCCAGCGAGGCGUUUGACAGGAGAGGAGGGGCUGUUCGUCAAACUGUCGCUCCAGCUGUACCCGAUGAACGACCGCACGACGGUCGAGGGUGGCCUGGCCGACCUCGGGACGAGCAAUUUCACCGGUAGCUUCGUCAGCUUCUUGCAGGAGGUCGGCGUCGCGGUGCCGGCGGGGCUCCCCACGGCCGCGGUCGUCGCCGGGAAGCCCGUGACCACUCUCGAGAGCGUGCCCGUGGCGCGCUGGGCUGCCAGGACAGAGUGGUCCGUCUGCAGCACGACGUGCGGCGAGGGCGAAGUCACCCGCGACGUCGAUUGCCUGACCGGCAACACCAACCUGUGCAACGCAAACGCGCCCCCAGGUUUCACGCAGGACUCGUUCGAGCCAAGCUCGCUCCCAUGCAAGUCGUACAUCCAGUGCCCGUACGACUGGACGUGCCCCAGCGGCCCAGACGAGGAGACAGGCGAAGGCUGCGAGGUACAGGCGGGGUUAGUGUCCGCGGCCAUCGCCUUCUCCUCCGCCAUCUGCUGCUUCCUAUCCAUCCGGUACGUCAGGAACAUGUGCAGGCAGCCCGUCGGCGGCAGGUUCCGCGUAAAGGUGAAGGGCCGCGAGAGCAGGAGCACCAUUGUCGACUGGAACUUGGAAGACGGCCUCUCCACCGAGGACGGCGUUACCAAGCCGAGGCUCAAGUACUCGUUCGGCGAUGGGCUUUUCGCCUUCUUCCAGCACGAGCGGGAGGCGGGCCGCGCCACCCUGACGCCGAGCGAUGGGGAGCCCAUCGAGCACGUGGAUCUGAAUUUGGGCGGCGAGGUGGAGUUCGAGCUCGAGGUCCGAGUGAGGACCCUGGCCACGAACGCGCUGCUCGUCGCCAAGGUCUACCCCGAGGUCGAGCCGAUGCGACCCGUCGGGAAGGCGAAAGGCCUGUUGAUCCGCGGGGGCGUCGCCGCCUGGCAGAUCGGCGAGGAGUUCCUGCUAUCCAGCACGCGCGUGGCCGACGGCCUCCCGCACGACAUCUCGGUCCUCUACGACGCGGAGCAGGACGAGUACGUCCUGAAGGUCGACGGCGAGGAGGACGCCAGGGGAUUGCGGGGGUCCCCAGACGCCCCAGAGUGCAAGCUCGUCUUGGGCUCCCCGAGCGCCCCCCGGGACGAGAAGUGCAACGAGGUCCUGCCGCUCCUCGACCAGCUGCGCGGCUGCGGCGUGGAGGUGCUGCCGCUGGAGGAGCAGUCGGACGAGGUUCUCUUCGACGGCGACUUCUACCGGAUCAUCUGGAAGGAACGCCAGUGGAUCAAGGGUCUGGACAAAAUGGAGUGGGUCUCCUACCAGUUGCACGUAGACACCGAGGAUGCCAUGAUGAAGAGAGCGACACCGAAGGCGCCCAGGGCGGAUGAGACCGUGAUCAUGACGGAGCCGGAGGCAGCGCCCGAGCAGAAGGGCACAGCGACUGCAUACGCGAUCGGCGACGCUGUGGAGUAUUGGUCUAAGACCACGAACUCGUGGUUAGGUUCGAGGGUCAUGGACAUCAGGGGCCAGCCUUACCAUAGCGAGGAGCACGGCAUGAACGUCUUCACGUACGACCUUUUUGUAAUGGCCGCCAGACAGCGCGUACCCAACGUGGACAUGAAGGACCUGCGCUUGCCGUUCAGUGUGAGUGAGAAGGUGAGCGUGUUCUCCAAGAAGCACGGGGACUGGUACCCGGCCAUCAUACACGCGGCGCCGAGGGAGGCGCGGGACCCAAGGCUCGGGUACGACGUCGCGCUGGAGCCCAGCGAGCUCAAGACGGAGAUGCUGGAGCACGCCAGGCAGCUCAAGGCCCAGAAGGAGCUCCAGGGGACCCAGUACGAGAAGAGACCAGGCCGCGGAAGCCGCAAGCGGCCGAGGAGGAACAGGGAUCAGGACGUCGGCGGCAGCGUGGAGCUCGACUCGGUGCCACAGGUGUCCCCGCCCGGCGGCGACGCGCUGACGAGCAGCAGGCCGGCGCAGGUCCCGCGGCUGCCCAUCGGACAGGAGGACGGCAACCCCAGCAGCAACCCCGAGAGCAGCCCGAUGCAGGAGGAGGACCUGCCCGUGCUCAAGAGCAUGCCGGGCAGGCGCCUCCGGAGGCGCUUCGACCGCGGCAUGCCCGUGCAGGUGUACCUGGGAGCGGAGCAGGGCUUCCUCACGGGCACGGUCGUGGAGCCCGCGAGCGGGCCAGAGCCCAGGGACAUCAUCCCGUCGCCGAGACCGAGGCGGAUCCUGUCCCCAGAGGCCUCCCCCUCGAUGUCGCCCUUGUGCUCCAGCGACGACGACGACGACGACGACCCGCACGGCGUCGACGUCCGCCACGCGACGGCCACUGUUUCGAUCCACGGCCAGAGCGGACCCGACCGCACCUACCCCGAGUACAUGAUCAGGCCGCUGAUCGAGCGGCGCGGGGCGCGGUCCUGGAAGUUCGGGAGCAUCAUGAGCAUGUCGCUCUUUGACAGGGACGAGGGUCACGUCCUCGAGGACCUCGACGGACCUUGGGGGUUCUCGCCGCAGCCUUCGCCGAGAAGUGAGCCAGAGUCCGAUCAAUCGCUGUGGUAUUUUCUGGGGUUCUCGCCGCAGCCUUCGCCGAGAAGUUUGCCAGAGUCCGAUCAACCGCUGUCUCGCCGCAGCCUUCGCCGAGAAGUUUGCCAGAGUCCGAUCAACCGCUGUCGUAUUUUCUGGGGGUCUCGCCGCAGCCUUCGCCGAGAAGGUAGCCAGAGUCCGAUCCACAGUUCAGCGCCGGCCAGUUGA